UUUCUAAUAAUCUACACAUCACAUUUUGCUUUUACCCAUCACAUCAAGGUAUUUUUGGAUAGUCAAUUCACAAAAAUAUUUCUCCAUUAAAUUUUCUAAAACUCAAAAUGGAAACAUUUUUUUUUUUGAUUAUGUUGGGACGGAUGAAAUAUUUUAAUUUUGGGAGGAAUGGGUAAUAAAUACCAUAGGGAAGGGAAGUACAUGAUGUAUUUGGGAUCACACACCUCCUCCUGGUGCCAAAAUAUUCAAUGGCAGCAGGGGAGCAAAGAAUGCCAAGUCUCCUCGCCAUUUUUGUUCUGGUUUUGGCGAAAGGGUGCUUGAGCAGCAGCCGCCGCGUGGACGGUGGCGGCGGGAAGGUUGUGACGGCGGUGGGGGAUCCCGGGAUGAAAAGGGACGAGCUGAGAGUGGGCAUUGAAGCGUGGAACCAGUGCAAUGAGGUUGGAGAAGAAGCUCCUCAUAUGGGUAGCCCCAGAGCCGCUGAUUGUUUUCUUCUCUCCAAAUCACCUUCUUCUUACUCUCAUGGUCCUGCAGGAAAGAAGAAUUGCUCUUUGUUCACGUUAGAGCACAAAGUCACAGAAGAUGACAACAAGUUAGGCAUUGGGAAAAUGUUCCCCAACCUAAGUCCAAAAGCAUUGCACAAUCCAGACCUAUAUGCUUACCAGAAAGAGCUCUACUUGGGCUUGAAAUGUCAAGUGCACGACGAGCCGAGGCCAUGGCAGUUCUGGAUGAUCAUGCUCAAGAACGGCAACAUGGACACGAAAGCGGCAUUGUGCCCUAACAAUGGCCACAAAUCAAAGCCAUUCCAUGACCCCAACUUCCCUUGCUUUGGGAAAGGGUGCAUGAACCAGCCUCUGAUUUACCACAACUACACAACUUUACAAGGGCAUAAUGGUAACUGCCCUACACUCAGAGGCAGCUUUUAUGGCACUUGGGAUUUGAAUGCCACCCCUUUUUCGCCUGAAAUGGGGAAGAACGAAAACAACUCGUUCUAUUCCGUGGUGUGGGAGAAGAAAGUUGGGAGUGGGAGCUGGACUUUCCACCAUGUCUUGAAGACCUCGGCCAAGUACCCGUGGCUGAUGCUUUAUCUUCGGGCAGACGCCGCGAAGGGGUUCUCGGGCGGGUACCAUUACCCAACCAGGGGGAUGCUAAAAAUCAUUCCGAAAUCGCCUAACUUUAGGGUGAGAUUCACACUGAAUGUGAUCAAGGGAGGAGGUCCAAAGAGCCAAUUCUACUUGCUUGACAUUGGGAGCUGUUGGAAGAACAAUGGGAAGCCAUGUGAUGGAAAUGUGACAUCGGAUGUCACAAGGUACAGUGAAAUGGUACUAAACCCGGAGACGUCAUCGUGGUGCAAGCCCAAGGAUUGGAAACUCUGCCCUCCAUUUCACACAUUCCCUAAUGGGACAAGAGUUCACCGGAACGACACUGCCCGUUUCCCCUAUGGGGCAUAUCACAUGUACUGUGCACCGGGGAAUGGGGAGCACACCGAGAAGCCUAAUGUCCCUUGUGACCCAUACAGUAAUCCCCAGCCUCAGGAGAUUCUGCAGAUCUUGCCUCACCCUGUUUGGGGUCACUAUGGGUACCCUACAAAGAAAGGGCAGGGGUGGAUUGGAGAUUCAAGAACAUGGGACCUUGAUGUUGGCAACCUCUCACAAAACCUCUAUUUUUAUCAGGAUCCGGGGACGGCACCGGUCACGAGGAACUGGACAUCAAUUGACCUUGGAACUGAAAUAUAUAAACAUCCAAACCAAGCGGCAGAAUGGACUGUCACUGACUUUGAUGUUCUUGUUCCCAAGGGACAAUAAACAAACAUUGCCCUGGCAAAAAAAAAAAAUUGCCUUUAUUCAAGUUAAUUAAAUACAUCAUCUUUUGGGUUUUUGAAGGAAGCUGCUGGUUUAAAGAAAAACUGCAGUGUUUUCCUCAAGGAUAUAUACAUGUAGGGAGUGUAAUUGAAAGGAAAUAGUGGUGCAUCUUCUUAUGCCUUCUUUAAUUGUAAUUAUGCUCCAUAAAUUUGUUGUGCUCUGCAAGAAAUUUCUUGUCUUUUA